AUGGCCCCCAGAAAGAAUGCGCAGUCUGUCAACGCUGAGCUUUCAAUUGUUCAUCUGAAGAACUGCCUGGUCAACCUUCCCCCCACCUUGGUGUCACUGCUCGUCAAUGUGAACACGCCUGCUCAAAAUGUCGUCGUCGAGCUCACCUUCCGCGCCCCAGUACCGGGUGCGCAAUCGUCCUCCGGUACCCAUGAACGCUCCAUCUUUGUUGGUUGGACGGGCAUGCCGAGCAAGCGACGGACUUCAGCCCCGGUCAGCCGCGACAGCGGACGAAUCUCGUCGCGCGAUCAGGAUAUCCAGCUUGUCGAGAUUGAUGCGACGUUAGCGCACACACUGGGUCUCAGCGACGGCCAGAAAGUCAUGGCCACGGUUCACGUCGACCCUCCGAUUGCGCACACCAUCAAUAUCGAGCCCAUGACUCCUGAAGACUGGGAGAUCAUUGAGCUUCACGCCACAUUCCUAGAGCUUAAUCUCCAGUCUCAAAUCCGUGCGCUCCCCAACCCGGCCUACACUGGCUCGGGCGAGAAGCCAAUCCCUCCGCAUCCCCUCACGCUCCACCUCUCUCCUACCUCAACAGCCAAUAUCAAAAUCAUCUCACUGGACCCAGCGCCUCCCUCUAGCGCGCCGUUUGCGAAGUUAUCGCCCAAUGCAGAAGUCAUUGUAGCUCCCAAGACCCGGGCCAAGCAACCCCAAAGCAGCAGCGACCAUCGAAGUGUCGCUAGCACUUCGCGAUCGAGACGAAGCGGCACGAGCACCGUCCGUAAGAAGGGCCCGAGAGAGGAGCCCAAGCCGACCAUGUUCCUGCGCGCCAUCGAUAGGUCCUACUGUCAAGAUUGGUUCGAUGACUCCUCCCCAAACCAGGACCUCGUGGUUUGGGUCGAUCGCGACCGCCUCUUUACAAACGAAUUCCGCGGCGUCAACUUCGUCCUGGUAGAUAUCAUCCGCCCUGCUGGCCUGCAAAAACCGCAGGUUGAAGGAGAGGCAGCUCAGGUUCAGACACUAGCCUCAUCAAAGGUCAUUGCGCGGCUUCUGCCCUGGGACGAUCCUCCAAAUGGACAGGCUGCGGCACUUUCGGCACCGCUCUGUGCCACGCUCGGAUGCGCUGGGAUUGUAGGCGGUGUAAUCAAGCUCCAGGCUGCGCCGCAGCAGCUGGGACGAAACGCUGUGCAGCUUAUCAAGGUCUUUCCCUUCGCCGCAGGCGCAAAGUCUACCGAAGGUCUGCGAUUUGGCAGUGAAACAAAAGCAGAAAAGGAGGAAUCGUCUAAACGCUUCAGGCAUAUUUAUGCUGGCUCCAAGGAAAGGCCAGGGUUGCUGCAAGGUCCCAUCACAGAUGGCAUCGUUGUUGGGCUCUAUAAGGGACUUGACGCGCCACAGGGCUGGGAAGGGGGCAUCGUCCGAUUCGAAUACGGUCCCGAUCAGGAACAGAGCAAAGAUUCUACGAACUGGUUAGCUGGGGUAGAUGGGAAAUUGCAAGUCGAAUUCCAGCCUCCGGUUCCGCGGCCAUCCUGGAUUCUUGAAUCAGACGAAUUUGAACUUGAACCCAAACACGACGGCGCACUUCUCGGAAUCGAUAAUCUUCUUUCAGGCCUGCAAUCUCACCUGUCACAUCUAUCUUCCGUCUUGUUAACAGGAUCGAUGGGAUCUGGCAAAACUGCAGUGGCGAAAUACAUCGCGGGAAAGCUCCGCAAAGACUCACUGUUUUACACAGUCUACUUUUCCUGCCGAAAGCUGGUUACAGACGAGACAAGAAUAUCAACCAUCCGGGAGACGCUCGAGCGCCUGUUCAUGUCUGCCAGUUGGGGUUCUCGGCUUGGGGGCAAGGGUGUCGUAAUUCUAGAUGAUCUUGACAAGCUGUCUCCGGUCGAGACAGAACUUCAAGUUGGCAAUGACAACGGACGAAGUCGACAAAUCAGCGAAGCGAUACGAUCGAUUGUACGCCAGUACUGUACACGCGAUAGCAAUAUUGUUCUUCUGGCUACUGCCGAAGGCAAAGAUUCUCUUAACAACGUCAUCGUCAGCGGCCACGUUGUGCGUGAGAUUGUGGAACUCAAGGCACCAACCAAGGAAGCUCGCAGAAGCGUCAUGGAAAGCAUUGCCAAGCAAAAUGCUGUGGAAGCUGAUGACAGGGAUGACUUCAGCAGCAAUAGCCGACCGACAACUGCCGAUGGUAGUAAUAUUGAGGAGAAUGGAGACUGGCUGCAUGGGGCAGAUAAGCCAGCUGCUGUUGUCUCAAAAUCCCCCAAUGCUGGGUUCAUCCUAGAUUCAGAUCUUGAUUUCCUCGAUAUUGCCGGCCAGACAGAUGGUUACAUGCCUGGAGAUUUGACAGUGGUCAUCUCUCGUGCUCGAAACGAGGCCAUUAUUCGCGCCCUCAGUGAGUCUCCGAACGAUACCUCUGGAGGUCCUGUUCGUCUCAGCCGCGUCGACUUUGACAAGGCUUUGAAGGGCUUCACGCCCGCCUCCCUGCGGAACGUCUCGCUCCAGAGCUCUACCACUACAUUUAAAAACAUCGGCGGUCUGCAGGAAACCCGAAAGGUUUUGCUGGAGACGCUGCAAUACCCUACGCAAUACGCGCCCAUCUUUUCCCAGUGUCCCCUAAGACUUCGGUCUGGUCUGCUUCUAUACGGGUUUCCUGGAUGUGGCAAGACCCUGCUUGCCAGUGCCGUCGCGGGCGAAUGCGGUCUGAAUUUUAUCAGUGUCAAGGGACCGGAGAUUUUGAACAAAUACAUCGGUGCUUCGGAAAAGAGUGUGCGCGAUCUGUUUGAUCGCGCCCAGGCGGCAAAGCCUUGCGUUCUUUUCUUUGAUGAAUUCGACUCUAUUGCGCCUAAGCGCGGUCAUGAUUCAACAGGUGUAACAGACAGAGUCGUCAACCAGCUGCUCACGCAAAUGGAUGGCGCUGAGGGCUUAUCCGGGGUGUACGUCCUCGCUGCGACGUCUCGCCCUGACCUCAUCGACCCUGCACUUCUCAGACCCGGUCGUCUCGAUAAAUCUCUGCUGUGCGACAUGCCGUCACCCCAGGAUCGCCUCGACAUUCUCAAGGCGAUAUUCCAAAAGGUGCGGCUCUCCGAGGAGCUCAUCGACUCGGACGACGCGUGGGAGGAGAUUGCACGACGCACAGACGGCUUUUCCGGCGCCGAUCUCCAGGCGCUCGUGUCCAACUCGCAGCUCGAAGCCAUCCACGAUGUCCUCGACGUCGGCGGCUCGUCAACCGCCGUCCGUGGGAAGAGCGGCCAGAAUGGGGCCCAGCGCGGGUCGGCCCCGAGUUUCGUGCAGUUCCCGUACGGCGAUGAGCCGGGGACGCCCGGCGCGCCCCAGAGCAAAGCAGCCGCCCGCGUAGAGCACGCGGCCAUCAUGUCCAAGCUAGAGCAGAUCAAGCUUGCGCGCCGCAGGGAGAAGCAGGUCCACAAGGGCUCGGUGGGAGACGCCAAUGCGGCGGCCGGCGACGGCGGCAAACCGCCAGCGGAGCAGAAGGAGGUCGUCAUUGGCUGGGAGCACCUCAUCAAGGCGCUCGACAACACACGGGCGAGCAUCAGCAAGGAGGAGAGGAACCGCCUGGAGCGCAUAUACCACGAGUUCGUGGCCGGCCGCAGCGGCAAGAUGAAGGAUGGACAGGGAAGCACGGAAGUUGGAGGCCGCAGCAGUCUCAUCGACUAG